UCCAUGGAUCUGUUCACUUUCCUGGUACUUACUCUCUCCUCUCUCAUUCUCCUCUCACUCUGGAGACAGAGCUCUAGGAGAAGGAAGCUCCCUCCUGGCCCCACUCCUCUCCCAAUUAUUGGUAAUUUCCUCCAGAUAGAUGUGAAGAACAUCAACCAAUCCUUAAGCGAGUUUUCAAAAACCUAUGGCCCUGUGUUCACUCUGUAUUUGGGCUCACAGCCCACUGUCAUAUUGCAUGGAUAUGAAGCAAUAAAGGAAGCUCUGAUUGAUCACGGGGAGAACUUUUCUGGUAGAGGAAGCUAUCCAAUGAUUGAAAAUGUUUAUAAAGGUUUUGGCAUUGUUUUUAGCAAUGGAAACAGAUGGAAAGAGAUAAGACGAUUCACAAUCAUGACCCUUCGGAAUUUGGGAAUGGGAAAAAGGAACAUUGAGGACCGUGUUCAAGAGGAAGCACAGCGCCUAGUGGAAGAACUGAGGAAAACAAAGGGCUCACCCUGUGACCCCUCCUUCAUCCUGAACUGUGCUCCAUGCAAUGUCAUCUGCUCCAUUACUUUCCAGAAUCAUUUUGAUUAUAAAGAUAAGGAAAUUCUUACGUUCAUGGAAAAAAUGAAUGAGAAUCUCAAGAUUAUGAGCUCCCCAUGGAUGCAGAUCUGCAAUUGUUUUCCUUCACUCGUUGACUAUGUUCCUGGAACUCAUCACAAAAUAGCAAAAAAUAUGAAUUAUAUGAAAAGCUAUUUGUUGAAGAAAAUAGAAGAACACCAGGAAUCAUUGGAUGUUACAAACCCUCGUGAUUUUGUUGAUUAUUAUCUGAUUAAACAAAAACAGGCAAACCACAUCAAACAAUCAGAAUAUUCACUGGAAAAUCUGGCAUGCAGUAUCAUGGAUCUCCUUGGUGCAGGGACAGAGACAAUGAGCUCAACAUUGAGAUAUGCUCUCCUGCUUCUGAUGAAGUACCCACAUGUCACAGUUAAAGUCCAGGAAGAGAUUGACCGUGUGAUUGGCAGACAUCGCAGCCCCUGCAUGCAGGAUAGGAGCCACAUGCCCUACACAGAUGCCAUGAUUCAUGAGGUACAGAAUGUUUCAUAUUUUGUCAAAUUUGUUCCGACCAACCUUUUAUGCCCCAUCAAAGGUGUGAAUUAUGUUAUUUUCCUCGGAACAAAGGUGUUAACAUCACUGACAUCAGUGCUGCACGACAGCAAGGAGUUCCCCAACCCAGAGAUGUUUGACCCUGGCCACUUUCUAGAUGAGAAUGGAAACUUUAAGAAAAGUGACUACUUUUUGCCUUUCUCAGCAGGAAAACGAGCUUGUGUUGGAGAGGGCCUGGCCCGCAUGGAGUUGUUUCUAUUCUUGACAACCAUUUUACAGAACUUUAAACUGAAAUCUCUGGUUCACCCAAAGGACAUUGAUACGAGGCCAGUUCUGAAAGGUUUUCCCUCUCUGCCACCCACUUACCAGCUCUGCUUCAUUCCUUCCUGA